AUGAAAGUCAUAAAAACUCAAAUAUUGUUUAAAUAUUUUUAACAGACCAAAUUCAGAAGAAGGUCAAGUAAAAGUGCCCUGUGUAGGUAUCAGUUUUGUUUUCAAGAAUUGAUACUUUCUUCACAAGUUAUUUUAACCUCCUCCAUGCGUCUGCAUGAAUAUGAUUUAAUACAAAGUUUUUAAUAGACUUGUCAGCCAGCAAGAAGUAUGCUAUGAAAUUGUAACCAAAAGUUGAUGGUUUUCUAGGAUGUGUAAAAAUAUAUUCUGAAAUUAAACUUACAUAGAUUCUUGAAGGGAGUGAUGUGCCUGUAAUAUAAUAAUCUCCACCCUGACCACACAUCUUAAUGAUAUAGAAUCGUUUUUGACUGCUUGAGAAUACGUUUAAACAGGUUUCAUUUACCAUCUCUCGGAACCACAAUACCCAAGGGCAACAACUUGUGGUGGUAGUCAAAUACCACGUUAAUUAACCACCAGAGACUUGAUAAACGAACUAAAUUGCCCUGCGGUUUACAAAAAAAAAAAAAGGAAGCUAACUUGCUAGGCCCCAUCCAUCCCUUGAUUGGCAUGAAGGACCAUGACGAAAUCCCCAGAGCCGGUAAGUUCAAACGCUUUGUUAAGAUUCCUCUAGUAAAUUGAUGGCUCAGUUCAUGUUCUGUUACUUAUUCCUGUUUCUUUUCUUACGCGUUGUAAAGUAAAUUCUAAACUGAAGUCCAGAAAGAAAAGAAAUUCUAGUUUUGGUUCAGUCUCAGAAGCCGAUAGAGUUACAAUAGAAGAUUAAAAUCUGAGCAUGCGCCUUGUGAAGAGUCCUUAGAAAUCGGGCUUCGCAAGCCAUGUACAGCGCCAAGGUCACGCGGAAUGAUACUUCAGAUAAGAUCUCCGCAUUCACAAGAGCUACAGACACGUGUAUAUAGACUUCGCUCGCUCGUGUACUUCUCGUUAAUAAAGCCGCCUCAGCAGUCAGCGGUGAAGGUGGUAUUGUCAGAAAUGUUGAGAGGCUGGAAAACCUCACUUUGUUAGACACGUGUUUUUUUAAAUGUCAUUUCUUUAGUGAAAUCUGUGAAAACUCUUCUACAGAGAAAAUGUAAAAAGUGCUGCUUGCACGAAUGCGUACUCUGGACAAUGAUUUGUAUAUUAAUAUUCAUUGCACGUCCUGAAGUGAAAUUUAAAACGUUUACGUUAAUACGAGCGUUGUAAAGCUUUAUUCUGAUUGGAUGAUGUCUUAUGUCAUAAUGAAGAUUUGUAAUAUACCUUUUGUUAACUUUAUUUUGGUCAUCUGCCUGGUUGUUCACGAACGGUUGGCAUUGGAGACGCAGGGUAAGUGUGAGAAAGUAACUAUUCCAAUGUGCCGAGACUUACCUUAUAACAUGACUAGGAUACCUAACUUGAUGGGACAUACAAACCAAAACGACGCAGCGAUUGAAGUACACGAAUAUAUGUCACUGGUAAAGUAUGGUUGCUCCCAACAUUUAAAUUUCUUUCUUUGCUCGCUGUAUGCUCCAAUGUGCGCUCACCAAGUGGAUGUUCCCAUUCCGUCAUGUCGCUCUGUGUGUGAAGAAGUUAGAGCACGAUGUCUUCCUGUUCUUCAAAAGUUUGGUUUUAAUUGGCCUCUAAUGCUGAACUGUAGUCGUUUACCUGUACCAGAAAAAAAUGGAUUGUGUAUGGAACUUCCCGGUAUUGCAGAAGAACGGCGGUCACGUCUUACUGAGAGCGAGCGAGAACUGAAAGCGGACACCGACAGAGAUACAAACAGAAGCACUGAACCUAGCCUUCUCCCGUCUUUAUUAUAUCCUGGAACGCACCGAAAUAGUAUUGCACAUAAUGGCAUAUUAGUAUCUCCUGAUAAAAACGGAAAGUUAGAGCAGAAUAUGACGAAAAGAAUGUGCCCUAGAAAUUUCGUGUUCGUACCAUCCAUGACCACCAGUCUUGAAGAAUGUACGCCUCGCUGUGACCGAGAUGUUCUGUUUACUCGUCAUGACAAAGAUGUCGUGGAAGUUUGGAUGGUUGUUUGGUCUGUUGUCUGUUUCGUAGCAAAUAUUCUUACAGUGGCAACUUUCUGGAUUGACACUCCUCGAUUCCGGUACCCUGAGCGCCCCAUCAUUUUUCUUAGUAUGUGUUAUUGUAUUACUAGUACUGCAUAUCUAGUUCGUAUUUUCGCUGGAGCAGAGUUCAUCUCUUGCGAGAGAACAAAAAAUGGAGAACCCUACCUUGUCAAAGAAGGCUUAGAAAACAUGGGCUGUAUCACCGUUUUCUUGUUGCUUUAUUAUUUUGGAAUGGCAGCGGCUCUCUGGUGGCUUGUGGUAACAUGCACGUGGUUCUUAUCUGCCGGACGCAAGUGGGGUCAUGAGGCCAUUGAAUCUAGAGCUUCGUAUUUUCAUGUAUUGGCUUGGGGUGUGCCAGCUAUACUGACCAUUGCGAUAUUAAUCCUACGAGAAGUAGAAGGUGAUGAACUGACGGGAUUGUGUAAUGUUGGCAGUAGAAGCCGGGAUGGUUUGCUGAGGUUUGUCAUUCUGCCUAUCUCUUCCUUCUUGUUCAUGGGAAGUGUGUUUAUUGUUCUAGGCUUUUCUUCGCUAGUGCGAAUCAGGAAAGUUAUGAAACAAGGCGAGCGGAAUAUCAGUAAGCUUGAGAGAUUUAUGGUAAGAAUCGGCACAUUUACUAUACUAUAUACAGUCCCGUCCGUUGUUGUGAUUGCUUGUUUAGUGUACGAGUACUUCAAUAGACCCGGGUGGUAUGCGGUUGCCAUGGGAACUGUAGAUGAAUGUGAUCCUUCUGUAACAGAACACUGCUCUUUAAAACAGAGCAUCCCCAACCAAAACGUAUUCAUGUUAAAACACGCCAUGAAACUGCUUCUAGGGAUUGCUACCGGUGUUUGGGUGUGGAAUAAUAAAACGUGGAAAACGUGGACUGCAUUUUGCCAUAACUGGUUUAGACGAAAACCGCGACGAGAUUUCAAAUCAUCAACAAUUGCAUAUCAUCCUCCCCACGUGACAUCAUUUAAAGCUUUAUCAAAUACAAAGUCAUUGUACUUACCCGUACACGUUUAAAAACGCGUAAUUAUUUUGUACAGGUUUGUAUUUGUAGUGUGUUACUGUUAAACAGAUGUAACCUAACAUACCGAAGAAAGCUUAUUAAAGUUUGUAUGUAUAUGUAGUAGUAGUACAUAAACAUAAAAUAAAUCCAAGGACUAAGAAGCUCGUAAAUCCGUGAAUGAUAAUUUAAGUACACAAGUAUCUUGACAAAAAUGCCAACCCAGAUAAAUUCUAGGGUUUGUGAUAUUUCACAGAAUAUCCAUCUUGUUGUAGUUUUUAUGAUACAAGUACAAAACAUGUAAAAAAUCGAUUGAAUUUCAAAUGUAAAUUUUAUGUAAACUAUUUGAAGUAGAGUAGAUUACCUGUAUGUAUAUUUACAAUAAUAUUUCUAGUGCUAAAGUGUUUAUAAACAAAGAAAUGUGUACAUUAAUUUUCUAAAUGUUUAUUUGACUAUUUAAAAACAUAUAUUGUAUAUUAGAUGCUUGUAUAACAUUACUUACGGAAAUAAAAACGACUGUGUUUUGUGUUAA